ACGUGAAAACACGUGGACAAGCUAUUCAAUGUAAGCCACGCCCAUUAAUUAUUUAUUAAUGGAGGAAGCCAGUUUCGAGAGUCUUUUAAGCAAAGUUCUUGAGAAGUACAGAGUGGAGUUGAGUCGUCGUCAGAAUCAGUUGGAAGAUUCUUUAAAGAGUCACCAUGAGGAGAUAGAGGUUUAUAGGAAAAGAGAGAGACAGUACAUAGCCACCAUUGGAAAACUCAAAAAUAAACUGCUACUGAAAUCAGACGAAACCAAACAACUAAGGGACUUACUGACACUGCAUAAUGUUGUCAUUCCGCCACUUAAUGAGCUCAUUAAUAUUCAUAGCAACAGGUCACAUGAUGAUUCAUCCUCCACUGCAGCAGAGACUAGUGUUCUACCUGAAGCCACACCCACUGUCACACCCACCAAUAACAUCACUUUACAAUCUCUUGAUCAAACCACAGGAUCAUCACCAACUGAAGCCACGCCCACAAGUCAAGAUCCACCAAGCAGUGCGACUCCUCCUGUGUCUGUCUCACCAUCAAAUGGUUCAACAUCGAAUACUGUAUCAUCUUCACAAGGUAAGAGGUCUCUUCGUCUCUCAAGAUCAAAGAAGAGGUCGAUAUAUCAUGACACGACUGAUGGAGCGUGGACCAAAGAGAAGGACAGCAGUGCACAAGAGAAGGAAAUAAAGAACAGAACCAAACCAGCUGAGGGAGUGGACAGACCUGAUGAAGUGAUAGUGAUAGAUGAUAUAAAUCCAGGGGGUGUGGUCUUAUCAAAAGAGGGUGUGGUCACUAAUACUGAACCUGAUUCUCAAUCAGUGUCUUCGGACGAUACAGUAAUGUGUGAAAAUAAGAGACUCAAAGAGAUGAACGAAACCAUUCCACUUUUCAAUACUCGUUGCUAUGACGAUGAGGAAGAGGAGGAGUUAUCAUGUUACCAUGACGAUGGAGAAGAGUCUGUAUGGUUACUGAACGAGAGGAAAGGGGAGGAGCUUAACAGGAGCAUGUCGCCAUCAGUACUGACCCAGGCCUUCCUCUCCGAAGAAUACCCACUACCACACGAGACAUACAGCAUGUCACAUGAUUCCUCCGAUAAGUCACAUGAUCCCAGUAACAGUGAGUCACUUGGAGGAGCUGUUGUCUCGUCGGACGGUAAAAAGAGAAAGAAAAGGAGAAAUAGGAGGAGAAAGGGUGUGGCUAUGAGACUCUCAUCUUUGCAAACCACGCUGACUCAGCACAUUCCUACCAACAAUGAAACUGGAGGGAAAUCCCCUCACGUCAUUCCGCCCACACCUUUUAUUAAAGCAUCACUGCUCCACCCCUCCAGUAGGAGUGCCUGGAAGACUGACCUGAUAACUAGUAAGGUUUCUCCUUCUCUUAAAAGAACGGACGAUGAUAAUAAUAAUAAUAACGAAAAGGCUCUUGCUGCUAGAGCUGGUCUCCCGACGUAUAAAUGUGUUGUUAAUUUGAGGAAGAAAAGUGACCGAGAGAAACUAAGUGCUAAGUCGUGUCCUGAAUGUGAAAGGUGGUAUAAGAACAACAAUGACCUGUACGAUAAUUCAAGUGACCAGUUACAAAAGACUUGUAGACACAGACACUUGUACUUACCUCCAGAGUCAGACCCAACCAUUUGGAAUAUAGAGUUUCCCGACACUGCUAAAGUGACUGAGAGUGCCCUUGAAGAUGAUGAAACUGAAUGUAUCAAUGAUCCUACAUAAUCAAUGAUUUUAAUAUUUUUAAUAUAAUGUACAGUACAUG